CAGCCUUUGGUAGCCACCAUGACGCUGGGCCUGGAGCAGGCGGAGGAGCAGCGCCUGUACCAGCAGACGCUCCUGCAGGACGGCCUCAAGGACAUGCUGGACCACGGCAAGUUCCUGGACUGCGUGGUGCGCGCGGGCGAGCGCGAGUUCCCGUGCCACCGGCUGGUGCUGGCCGCCUGCAGCCCAUACUUCCGGGCGCGCUUCCUGGCGGAGCCCGAGGGCUCGGGAGAGCUGCGCCUGGAGGAGGUGUCUCCCGACGUGGUGGCUCAGGUGCUGCAUUACCUGUACACGUCGGAGAUCUCUUUGGACGAGGGGAGCGUGCAGGAGCUGUUCUCGGCGGCGCACCGCUUCCAGAUCCCGUCCAUCUUCACCAUCUGCGUGUCCUUCCUGCAGAAGCGCCUGUGCCUGGCUAACUGCCUGGCCGUCUUCCGCCUCGGCCUCCUGCUCGACUGCGCGCGCCUGGCGGUGGCCGCGCGCGACUUUAUCUGCGCGCGCUUCCCGCUAGUGGCGCGCGACGCCGACUUCCUGGGGCUGUCGGCCGACGAGCUCAUCGCCAUCAUCUCUAGCGACGGCCUCAACGUGGAGAAGGAGGAGGCGGUGUUCGAGGCGGUGAUGCGCUGGGCCGGAGGCCGCGGGGACGGCGAGGACGGCGAGGCGCGCGCCGAGCGCCAGCGCGCGCUGCCCACCGUGUUCGAGAGCGUGCGCUGCCGCCUGCUGCCGCGCGCCUUCCUGGAGAGCCGCGUGGAGCGGCACCCGCUGGUGCGCGCGCAGCCCGAGCUGCUGCGCAAGCUGCAGAUGGUGAAGGAUGCCCACGAAGGCCGGAUCACGACGCUGCGCAAGAAGAAGAAGAAGGAGAGACCCAAGGAAGAGAAAGGGACAGCGGACGACGCGACCGACCGGGGCCAAGACGAGGCCGAGGAAGACGAGGAGCGCGUGCUGCCCGGCAUCCUGAACGACACCCUGCGCUUCGGCAUGUUCCUCCACGACCUCAUCUUCAUGAUUAGCGAGGAGGGCGCCGUGGCCUACGAUCCAGCCGCCAACGAGUGCUACUGCGCCUCCUUGUCCACCCAGAUCCCCAAGAACCACGUCAGCCUGGUCACCAAGGAAAACCAGGUCUUCGUGGCUGGAGGCCUUUUCUACAACGAGGACAACAAAGAGGACCCCAUGAGCGCUUACUUCCUGCAGUUUGACCACCUGGACUCAGAGUGGCUGGGAAUGCCGCCGCUGCCGUCGCCGCGAUGCCUCUUCGGCCUGGGCGAAGCUCUCAACGCCAUCUACGUGGUCGGCGGCCGGGAGCUCAAGGACGGCGAAAGCAGCUUGGACUCGGUGCUGUGCUACGACCGGACGUCGUUCAAAUGGGGUGAGUCGGACCCACUGCCCUACGCCGUGUACGGCCACGCGGUGCUGUCCCACAUGGACCUCGUCUAUGUCAUCGGCGGGAAAGGCAGCGACAGGAAAUGUCUAAAGAAGAUGUGCGUCUACGACCCCAAGAAGUUCGAAUGGAAGGAGCUGGCGCCCAUGCAGACGGCCCGCUCACUCUUCGGGGCCACGGUCCACGACGGCCGCAUCUUUGUGGCAGCGGGGGUGACAGACACAGGGCUUACCAGCUCCGCGGAGGUGUACAGCAUUGCAGACAACAAGUGGUCCCCCUUUGAAGCCUUCCCACAGGAGCGCAGCUCCCUCAGCCUAGUCAGCCUGGCAGGUGUCCUCUAUGCCAUCGGUGGCUUUGCCACUCUGGAGACAGAGUCUGGAGAGCUGGUGCCUACAGAACUCAACGAUAUCUGGAGAUACAACGAGGAUGAGAAGAAGUGGGAGGGUGUCCUCAGGGAGAUUGCCUACGCAGCGGGGGCCACCUUCCUCCCCGUGCGGCUCAAUGUGCUGCGUCUGACCAAGAUGUGACCAGCCCAGAGUCCUGAUGAGCUCCGCUCCUGUUGCCACGUGGCCGCACAGAGGCCUUGUAUAUUCCCUGGGAGGAAGUCAGGAGAGCGACUUGACCCCAGUAUACAGUGAAAGAGGCUUCUUCAGCCUGAGAAGGGACAUCACUGCCCAGUCUUCAAGGUCCCUCUGGGGUCACCAUGUUUCUCCAGGGCCUCAAGCCACAAAGGGGCAAUCCCAGACUGUGUCCUGGCCCUGCCCAGGCUGCUGUGCAUGUUGGUACAGUUUACCACAGGAGUCAAUAUCCUCGCCCAUCCGAUGAAAGUGUCCCCAUCAAGCACACCUCCCAGGGGACCCAUCGCCUUCUUCAGGAAGAAUAAAGUGGCUUAAGCCGGGCGUGGUGGCACACGCCUUUAAUCCUA